AUGGUGCUUAUCACGGACGACAGGGAUGGAGGAGGCGCGUCUGUCCGGGUCAAACAGCUCCACCAGCAACAAAAAGUCGGGGGAAACAUCCUUCAAGUCCCCCCGACUAUACAUGAGUUAAACUCCGACGAGGAAUAUUUAGGUUCCUGUGAGGAGGACGAUGAAGAGGAGGAUGAAAGCGAAGAGGGGGAUGAUGAGUUCGAAGAAGUUGACUUCGAGGACUUGGACGACGGUCGGAGCAUCGCGUCGGACGACUCCUACUAUCCCCCGGAUGAUGUGUUCGCGGACUCGGAGCGCACCCCGUCUCCGGACAGCCCGCAGCCGCUCUCUUUUUAUCAGGCGUGCUGCAGCAACAACGCGGCCAUCGUCCGGAUAAUGAUACGGCAUGGAGUGACGAAGGAGGAGGUCAACGAGAAGGACAGGAAUAACAGGGUAUGAAACCCCUACUGAGACCACUUUGAAGUAGACUAACUAAUAAUUUGAAUAGCCAACCUUUAAAUCAGGGGUGUAACCUCAGGGAAGAAUCGUGCUUUUUGACUUCAAGUAGUAGUGGUAAUAGUUUAGUGAUAAACUGAAAAGUCAAUGUGCAACUUUCCUGUUCUACAGUUCAAAGAAGUCUUAUGCAGGAGGACUUAAUCUGUGUUGUGUAGCCUACUGGCACUCUACCUCACUUAAGCACACCUCCAGUCAUGCUCUUAUCACUUUCCUGUCACUCAGUCCAACAACUCUCAGACUCUGGGGGUAUUGAAAUAAUUAAGGCUGAGCCUGCUGCACUGACAUGGGGCCCAUGCUGGCCUGCCUCACAUAAAGCCUUGCAACAUCAAUAUCUCUCAGUUUGAACAUCUCAAACUAACUUUUUAAUGAUUUUAUUUACUGAAGAUGAUGUGUUAAACACUUCAGGCUGAGGUCAGUCAGAGUCCCUUGUGUGACUGCAUGUGUGAGGUCGUGCAGGAACACUAAUGUGUUUACAAGUGUGCAUCUGAUGGCUUUUUCUACUUCUGGAUUUGGAUUUAACUUGUUGGCAGCCCAAGGUAAACAUGUUAUCUACCAAUGAGAUGACGGCAUCUCUGUGUCUAGGAGCAAUUUUGUUAAUGACCCUAACUGCAGUAAAAAAAACAAAUUCCAGCACAGGGAGGAGUUACAGUUAGCACUCAGUAAAUGACUGACAUAUUAAACACUCACAACACAGCAAUGUGCAGUCAUUUUAAUAGAAAAAGUCAAUAUAUUGAUUUUGAAUUACAUAGAAAUCUCUCUCACUGAGUGCAGUGCAUUAAAGGGGUUAUUUGCUGUCUGCAGUGAUACCACAGUUAGUAUUUUUAUUGCCUAAUGUAUCACUUCACUGCCAAAAAACUUUAGCCAAGGGCUGGGUGAUGAAUCUACAAUGAUGAAACGACAGACUACUUUUUCUCAAUUGUACAAUUUGGUAAUAGUAUUUGAAUUAGCUGGCAGAAGGCUUUGUGCUGACAUGAAACAUAAUUAUCCUUUUCCUGUCUUGGGUCGAUUUGAGUUGACCAUUUUAUCUAGAAAAACAGAUGAUAAAGCGUUUUUUUUUUCCUCAUUAACAGCACACUGUUUUAUAGAUCAACAUAUGGAACAUUAAUGUAGUUUUCUACCAUCUGCAGGAAGAACUCCGCGAGAGGAGUUAUCAAUGUAAAACUCUGGCCUGAGGCAACAGUUGCAGUUUCAGAGUGGAAAAGUGUGUUUUAUUCAUUCUCCUCCCACCAUAAUUUCCAAGUGGUUGAUGUUUCAAACUGACCAAACAUCACAAAUUUGCACCUCUGACCCUGAGCCCCAAUCUCUCUUUUUUCCAUCUGUUAAAACAUCUUUCUUUACAUGCUCUUCCUCUUUUUUUCUUAUCUCUGAAUGUUUUCACUCAUGCUGUCAUUCCAAGGAAGUGUAGAAAUUUCACCAUUGAAAUCUUCAGAUUUUUAUCACAUAUGCAUGAAAAGCAGAAUUAGUGAUUCCUUUUGCAAACACAUGUGGUUUCAUACAGUUCUGUGAGUUUAAAUGUGUGUGUGUGUCAAGCAGUGAUACAAAGACAGUGUUUGUCAGACAAAGUACAGGUUAGGAAGCCCCUUUAGUGGAAACACAUAUUUAGUUGAAUCUGUUCAGCUCAUUAGUGCGUGUGUGUGUUUGUGCGUGUCUUCAACAUCCUGACACAGAUGUCAUCAUUGUGAUAUGGCAGAGUGCCUGACAAUGUGUUGUGCAAGACAAAGAAGGGUGUUAAUUCCCUUGUUGUUGUUUUUCUCUUGUCUCAGUGGCAGUUUUAAGGCAGAUAAUAAUUUCGAAAGUCUUGGAUGACAGGGAAACUACUGAAACUACUAUCACUGCUGCGUUGACUAAUAUUUACAGCGUUUUUAAGAACUACUUAACAUCUAUGAUAGAACCAACAUGUAUCACCAUCACAGUUGUUUGGCUGUGUAAAAUAAGCUUAAACACCCAUUUUGCUGUAAGAGAGGGUUUAAUAGGUUAAAACACUUAGAUGAAGGCUGUCAAAUGAUUAGCUUUUAAAUUGUGAUGACUUGCAAAAUUUUAAUAAACACCAUAAAUUAGCAAGUGUUAUAAGUAAAGAUAAUUUUGAAUAUUGAAUGACUCCGAGUUAAUGCAGCAGCAUUCGCCCUUUUCGGUUGUUUUCUGUGGUUCAUGCAGAUCUUGUCCCCCACAAUGACUGGUCACCACAAUCUGAAGAUGAGUCAACUACAAUAUUGACUGGUCUAAAGUUAGUUGCUAGGCGCUGUAGUUAACCUCUUUACUUCUGCAGAGAUUCACACACUCCAAAAAAGUGCAUUAGUCUGAUUAGCUUUACCUGCAUGCUCUGCUAGUAUCUCAUAGUUUAAACUUGAGGCACCUUGAUAUCUUUAUUCCAUUUGCCACAAAGUGCAUUUGACUUGUCAACUGAGCCAUCGGAGAAUGAAAGGUGAACCCAUUUGAAGUGGAGUGGUGUCAUCAUUUUCAUCACAAUGGCAACAGUACUAUAAAGAUGCAGCAAAUGGCAUGUGAAUCAUGGGUAAAAAAUGUGAUUUCUGACCUUAACCAAAUUGUGAUUGAUGCAUUGACACUGAGAGCAUAAAGUUGGAUAUUACUGCUGAUACAGUAGGUCAAUCUCAGAUGUCAAAUAACAUUAAGAUGCAGAAAGUGCAUGUUCCUAAUUCAGCAGAAUAAAAAUAAUUUAUUUGAUUCCUUUGCAGUCACAGGAAGGUGAAAGGUCAAGCUUGCUGAGGACUGAGGUUAGGCACAAGACAUGUACAGACAAGAUGUAAACAAGUCAAUAGCCUUCAGGAACCUUUUUAAACAUUUGCCAAGUUCAACAUCAUAAUUUUACCGUCGUAGCGACGUUUUCAAUUGAAAGUAUAAACAUAAUUUUGACUUAACUUGCAGUACAGCACUUCAAAAUUACCAACCAAUCUCAAAACAUCAAAAAGUCAAAAACAUGAGAGCAAACUGGGUGCUUGCUGGGAGAUUUGUGCAUUUGUUUGAAUAUUGUGUAUCGAAGUAAUAAAUCAAUGUCUUCAGGCCCCUUCGACUCUGUCCAGGACAGUUUGUACCCCCCUGCAGUGAAUUUGAUAAGAGGCCACGCUCACAUGUAAAUUAAAUAAGUGCACACACACACGCACACAAACAGAAUCCAAUCAACGUAAAUGAGGUUACUGUGAGCCUGACUGUUACCUCUCUCUAUCCCUCACACCCACACAUACACACUCACACACACUCUCCCCUAGAACACAAUCAAAUUUUCCAAAUAGAGGCAGAUACAGUAUGUCUCUGGCAGCAGGAGAAAGGCCAAAGAGUCAACCGCCAAAUGUGAUGCAGGCACAGUAAAACUGACCAACACAAACAUCGACCAUCAGGAAGACUCACUUAGGCUCGGGCGAGAAGAGAGAGGGAUUGGUGCAGAUGGUAGCAUGAGGCAUGAGGCUGCUAGCAAAUAUAGACAAGUGGAAAAAUCAAAGCGGCAAUCAUACUCAUCUGAUUUACUGUGGCCAUGUGAACGCUCAGCUGCAGACGCAAAGACAGAGAGAACAGGGAGGCUAUUGACAGACACAUGGCCCAGUGUGUCUGUGUUAGACACAUGGCCAAGUACUGUAUUAUGUGUCAGUGCUUCUGUGUGCAAUGUUCCUGAACACAAAGACGUACUGUAAAUGCGAAGUCUGCAGAAGUGCAGAUUGUCUCCUGAUUGGACCAUUUGCAGGAGUUUACUUCGAAAAGUGUUUGUGUAGAAGUUGAAAAUACACACAGUGGGUAAGUCCUUAUGUAGGAAAGGUUGUUGGGGUAAUCUUCAAGGAAAACAGGCGUUUUGUAACUAGGUUAUCUAACAAGUCUCUGCUUGUUUGUGAUCUAAUUCUUUUUGUGAGAUAAUAUAAUCAUCAUGAAUAAAAACAUGCUUCUUGGUACCUGUUAAUUAAAAUUCUCCUAUUUAGAAUAAGAAACACACAACAUAGUCCGAGUUCACUCUGAUGAAGGAAAAUGUUAAAGAGAAGACAUGAUCCACUUAUUUCCAUCACUAACAUCUAUUAAAGAAAAAAAAAAACUUUAAUUGAGCAUCCGUGAAGUGGAAAAUUUCACACUGUUUUAUUAUGCAUUAGCUAAAAGUCAAUCCAAUCAUUCACGGAUAUCUGAGGAUGCUGUGAGUUGUUGCAAGUGUGAGCUUUGUUUUCCCACCAAGUGAUUAAGAGGAAUAUGAUAGGUAAAAGUUCACUGUCUAAUCUGUAUUUAUUCUCUGUCUACAAGGAAUUUUUAGGCUUACACUGAGUAUUGUGUCAUCCUCACUGGAGCCAAUUAUUACAGCACCCUCACAUUAAGUGCAGACACACAGUACGUCUCUCUCCCUCCCCCUCUCUCCUUCUCUUUGUGUCUCUCUGAUACGGCUAAGCCUUUCUAUUCCUAGCGCUGGAUAUCCUUCAGAUUACUUUGUGACUGUGUGUGUGUGUGUGUGUGUGUGUGUGUAUUUGUGUCUCUUUGUUUUUGUAUGUGUGCAAGUUCCUCUGUGGGCUAAUAAUAAGAUGACCAGAUCUAGAGUGCAUGUCUUUGUGUGUCUGUUUUAAGACUCCACCAAGACCCAUUCCACUGACCUUAAUUCCAAAUGCCUGUUGUCGUGUUGGUAAAGUUAGAAUAAUUCUAAGCAACCCUAUCACUCUGGCACCAAAAAAUACAUUUAAAUUGUAUUUGUGUACCAGUUUUGUUGCUCUUUUGUGUGUUUUCUUCCUUUGUCUGCCCCUCGGUAACCUGACUCUCUUUAGCCAUCCUGUCAAAAGGAGAAAAAAACUCCAAAAUAUACCUUUAAAAAUGUUGUUUUUAUCAGUUUGGCUAGUACUGUUGAAAAACCUGGUUAUAGCAUCGAUUACUAAAUAUAAUGUAGCUUCAAAUACAGAAAAAAAAGGAGGGUGUGAUUUAAUCUGCAAAGAUGUAAGAGAUACUGCUGCGUCCACAGGUGGUAGGAAGUUGUUGUAAACAAAAAGUUACUCAUUUGGCCUUUAAAUGAUGAUAGAGUAAAAUAUCAUAUUUUGUAUUUGCCAUCGUGAAGUAUGGCUGUAACAGUAUCCAAAAGUUGUUAUAUAUGCAUACACAUAAAUACGGCUUAAUGAAUGUGCUUAUAAUGCAUUUUAAGUGGUAGGUUUAUACACUUAUUUAUAAGUGUUAUCAAGAAAUGUGUGUAUUUCUUAAAAAUAACUUCAGACUCGUGAAUUUAUAAAUAAUGUAGAUGGCAGUUUAUAUCAUAUUUGACAACUUCUUGCUUGAUAGUUAUAUUUAAAGUCAUAUCAAAUAGGGUUGGAUACAAAUCUUAGAUGUUUAGAUAAGCUGUCUUCCAUUUUUAGUUGGUAAUAGGAUCUUUCCAAAGCAGCACAUCCUCUGAAAUCUCGGCAUAUUAGAUUUCUAAGAUUAGAUCUGAUAUGUAAACAGGAAAAAAGCCCCGUUUCCAAUUAAAGGUCAGAUAAACGCACAAGAGAAAAUAAGGGAACUCUCUUUUUCUCCCAGCUCCCAGAACAAUAUCAUCUGACUUCAUGAGUAUUUUUGGCUUCAGUUCAAGAAUAAUGUACACACCUUUAUACCUUUGAAGACAGAAAGGUCAAACAAAGCUGUAAUCUAUCAAAAUAAAGUUCACGUCUGCAUUAAUUUAGAGGUUAAAACCACUCCUUAUGGGACAUUUGCAAUAGAGUGUAACUGAAGAGAGGAGAUUAAAGUCAGAGAGGACAUAUGUCUGCGUCCAUCAUCGUCAAGUAGAAGCUUUACAAGUGCCUUAGUCUGCAUCCACACUCGGCCUACAUGUAAAAUAAGCAAUCCCUCUAAAAAGUAUAGUUGACGGUUUGAAUCUUUGUCUUGCUUAAAGUCUUACUUUACAUUCGACUGUAUCUCUGUCAAAGAGAAACACGCACACAGCAUGUACACUCACCCACCCCUUAAAGUACCUCUCUUGAUUGUUUCAGGGUUGUUGAGCUACCUGGUAGAGUUGUUAUUUUUAUCCCUUUAGCCUCAGAGUUAGGCACUGAGUGGAUAAUAUUGUGUAGCACAUGAUUGCCUUUUCCCGAUUCAUGGGUACCUCUGCGGUUGCAUGCUGUGUGUUUCAUUUCACUUGGACUCAUCUCUAGCAAACAUUGCCAGCAGCUACUGAUAAAGAGCAUCAGAGGAUGUAGAAAAUGUGUUUGCAUGUGUGUGUCUGUGUGUGUGUGUGUGUGUGCGUGCAUGUGUGUGUGAUGGAAAUGUGCUGACUAGAGAAGCAAAGCCUGUGAGAAAAAGGUAAAAGAGAGUUAAAUGUUUGAGUGUGUUUGUGAGGAAGGUUCACAGAGAAAAUAGGACAUUGUCAGACGAACAAGAUUGCUCCAGACAUGCUGCAGGGCAUGCUGCGCAAGUACAUCACAGCAAGGCUGGAGGGUUGCCAAGAGUGUGCAUGUGUGUUUGAGUGUAUGUGUGUGAAAGAGAGGAAAAGAAAGCGUGAAUGAGAGAGAAAGAGAGAGAAAAGGGGGCAUAAACAAGACGACAUGCUUGUCUCUAACCAGAUAGAGCUAUCUGGAGCUGAGCCAGUGAGUGUGAAUUUCUUCCAGACAAUCCACCCAUUACUCCACAGGACCUCUCUCCACCUUUAUCCCUUAAAACUCUCAGAGCUGACAACACCAAUCGUGACUACAUCUCCAGCUGGCUGACAGUCUGCCUUGUUAGGGCCUGAGCUGACGCUGCAAGCAACGGAUGAGAGCCCUAUUGAAAUUGCAGGAUUUAUUCAUUAUUAUUGGUAAAAGUUUUUCAACUGAAAAACACCCUCAACAGGCUCAUGAAAUUUGAUGAAAUAUCAUAGAAUAGUCAAAAUAAUAAAAAUGUCAUACUAUAAAAAUGUCAUAGUAUAGUAUGAUAAAAAUGUCAUAGUAUAGUAUGUUAAAAAAAAAUUCACAUUUUAGUAUCAAAAAAGUCAUAGUAUAGUAUGUAAAAAAUGUCAUUAUAGUAUGUUAAAAAAUGUCAUACUAUAGUAUGAUAAAAAUAUCUUAGUAUAGUAUAUUAAAAAAAUUAACAUUUUAGUAUCAAAAAAGCCAUAGUAGAGUAUGUUCAAAAAGUCAUAGUAUAGUAUGUUAAAAAAUGUCAUAGUAUAGUAUGAUAAUUUUAUCUUAGUAUAGUAUGUUAAAAAAUUCACAUUUUAGUAUCAAAGAAGUCAUAGUAUAGUAUGUUCAAAAAGUCAUAGUAUAGUAUGUUAAAAAAAGUCAGAGUAUAGUGUGAUAAAAAUGUUAUCGUAUAGUAUGUAAAUAUUUAAGUAUGAAAAAAAGUCAUAAUAAAGUAUGUUACAAAAUGUUAUCUGCUUUCCCACAGGUGGAAGUGUGAUUAAAAAUGCAUAGAGUUGUUGCCUUUCAGCCAGAAGGUCCUGGGUUCAAAUCCCAGGUUAUAAUUCAGAAGUGAAAUACUUUGUAGUAAAGUUUAAAAAUUUUUUAGUAUCAAAAAAAGUCAUGGUAGAGUACGUUAGAAAUGUUAUAGUUUAGAAUGAUAAAAAUGUCUUAGUAUAGUAUGUUAAAAAAUUCACAUUGUAGUAUAAAAAAAGUCAUAGUAUAGUAUGUUAAAAUAUGUCAUAGUAUUGUAUGUUAAAAAAAGGCAGAGUAUAGUUUGACUAAAAAUUCACAUUUUUGAUUCAUUUAAAAAAAUGUCAGAGUAUAGUAUGUUAAAAAAGGCAUAGUAUAGUAUGUUAAAAAACGUCAUAGUAUAGUAUGAUUAAAAAUUCACAUUUUAGUAUCAAAAAAGUCAUAGUAAAGUAUGUUAAAAAAUGUCAGUAUAGUAUGUUAAAAAUGUCAUAGUAUAGUAUGAUAAAAAUAUCUUAGUAUAGUAUGUUAAAAAAUUCACAUUUUAGUAUAAAAAAAGUCAUAGUAAAUUAUAUUAAAAAAUGUCAUAGUAUAGUAUGAUUAAAAUGUCAUGGUAGAAUAUAUAAAAAAGUUAACAUUUUAGUAUCAAAAAAGUCAGAGGAAAGUAUGUUAAAAAAUGUUAUCCCCAAUUGGUGGAAGUGUGGUGUAAUGGAUAGAGCUGUUGCCUUUCAGCCAGAAGGUCCUGGGUUCAAAUCCCAGGUUAUACAUCAAAAGUUAAAAAUUUCGUUGUAAAGUUUAAAAAUUUAGAAUGAAACAAAGUCACAGUCAUAUGUUAUAAAUGUCAUAGUAUAGUAUGGUAAAAAUGUCUUAGUAUAGUAUGUUAAAACAUUCACAUUUUUGUAUCAAAAAAAGUCAUGUCAUAGUAUGUUUAAAAAGUCAUAGUAUAGUAUGUUAAAAAAUGUCAGAGUAUAGUAUGAUUAAAAAUUCACAUUUUUGUUUAAAAAAAAUUCAUAGUAUAGUAUGUUAAAAUAUGUCAUAGUAUUUUAUGUUAAAAAAAGGCAGAGUAUAGUAUGUUAAAAAACGUCAUAGUAUAGUAUCAUUAAAAAUUCACAUUUUAAAAAAAGUCAUGGUAGAGUACAUAAGAAAGGUCAUAGUAUAGUAUGAUAAAAAUGUCUUAGUAUAGUAUGUUAAAAAAAUUCACAUUUUUGUAUCAAAAAAAAUUCAUAGUAUAGUAUGUUAAAAAAUGUCAUGGUAUUGUAUGUUAAAAAAGGCAUAGUAUAGUAUGUUAAAAAUGUCUUAGUAUAGUAUGAUAAAACAUUCACAUUUUUGUAUCAAAAAAAGUCAUGGUAUAGUAUGUUUAAAAAGUCAUAGUAUAGUAUGUUAAAAUAUGUCAUAGUAUAGUUUGUUAAAAAAUGUCAUAGUAUAGUAUGAUUAAAAUGUCAUGGUAGAGUAUGUAAAAAAGUUCACAUUUUAGUAUCAAAAAAGUCAGAGGAAAGUGUAUUAAAAAAUGUUAUCCCCCAUGGGUGGAAGUGUGGUGUAAUGGAUAGAUCUGUCUUAGUAUCAUAUAUUUAAAAAAAUUAACAUUUUAGUCAUAGUAUAGUAUGUCACAAAAAAGUCAGAGUAUAGUUUGAUUAAAAAUUCACAUUUUUGUUUAAAAAAAAUUCAUAGUAUAGUAUGAUAAAACAUUCACAUUUUUGUAAAAAAAAGUCAUGGUAUAGUAUGUUUAGAAAAGUCAUAGUAUAGUAUGAAAAAAAUGUCACAGUAUAGUAUGAUUAAAAAUUCACAUUUUUGUAUCAAAAAAGUCAUAGUAUUGUAUGUUAAAAAACAUCAAAGUAUAGUAUGAUUAAAAAUUCACUUUUCUGUAUCAAAAAAAGUCAUAGUAAAGUAUGUUUAAAAAAAAGUCAUAGUAUAGUAUGUUAAAAAUGUUAUAGUACUGUAUAUUAAAAAAUGUAAUAGUACAGUAUGACAAAAAAUUCACAUAGUUUAAAAAAAUAGUCGUAGUCAAGUAUGUAAAUAAAAGUCAUAGUAUAGUAUGUUAAAAAAUGAUCUAGUAUAGUAUGAUAAAAAAUUCAGAUUUUAGGAUCAAAAAAGUCAUAGUAUUGAAUGUUAAAAAACGUUAAAGUAUAGUAUGACAAAAAAUUCACAUUUUACGAUCAAAAAAGUCAUAGUUAAGUAUGUUAAAAAACGUCCUAGUAUAGUAUGAUUAAAAAUUCAGAUUUUAGGAUAAAAAAAGUCAUAGUAUUGUAUGUUGAAAAACGUCCUAGUAUAGUAUGAUUAAAAAUUCACAUUUUACGAUCAAAAAAGUCAUAGUUAAGUAUGUUAAAAAUUGUCAUCUGCAAGGGUGGUUGUGUGGUCUAAUGGAUAGCACUGUUGCCUUACAGCCAGAAGGUCCUGGGUUCAAAUCCCAGGUCAUACAUACAUAAAAAGUUAAACAUUUCAUCAUGUAGUUUGUAAAAAAUUUAGUAUGAAACAAAGUCAUAGUAUAGUAUGUUAAAAAUGUCGUAGUAUAGUAUGAAUAAAAAUGAACAUUUUAGUAUCAAAAAAGUCAUAGUAUAGGUUAGGUCUUGGUCCCAGAUGUCUUUCUCAUUGCUUUGAGGAUAGCCGAUUGUGGUUCAUACCCCUAUAUCCUACCGUAACCCUAACACUUAGAAAAUUUUGACAUUUUUUUUUGUACCUCAUCCAGUCUUAAUGAGAGACCUUAGUAAAGAAACUUUUAAAAAGUCACAUGUAGGUCAAAGAGAGUUCCCAUGGCGGCCUUUUUACUUUGAAGUUUUUACACCAUAAAUGAGCAUCAUUACUGAAAGGCAGUCACAAGCACCAGCCAUCACAACUGUCCUGGCUGCCACGGAGAGCAUUGCACGGAGGAAGACAGGCAGUAUUACAGGGCAGUAGUCUGCUGGGGAGGCUGUCCACAGAGGUGGCGGCGCGGUACGACUUGGACCCAUUGCCUCACUGGGCGCUAGUUUUAAGUUCAGUUUCUUUCAGGUGAAAGAACUACCUCUGUAAACGUGCUGUCAACGCUGAGUCUUUUCUGCAGACUUAAUCAAAAGUUCAGAUAUAUUUGUGUUAUCUGAAAGAAUUUAGAUGUUUUUUGGAUAAAAGUAUGUGAGGAUAUACACAUGACCUUUCCAAUAUAAAGUUUGUGUGUGUGUCUAGUGCGUGGGUAGGAGACUGAUGUGGGUUGGCAUAAACUUUGUAAGUUUGCUGCACACCUUCAGGCCCUCUCUGUUCCUAUCCUCAGUCAUUAUUAUGUUUACUCAUCCCGAUGAAACAGAACGUUUGAUCACAUUCAAGCCAGAGUGUUAGAAAAAUCAUUUACUGGGGGUAACACAGUGUGCUGAAGGAAGCUGAACUAAAAACUUCUACUGCCGAGAGGUGCGGAGCAUCAAGCAGAUUUUAUGAGUGCACUUUUGACAAGAACAUCGUGUCAGGACAGAGGCAGUUUCCAAGAUCAAGCUCGCUCUAGGAAUAUGAAAGCAGAACAAAUUGUGAAAACUUGCUAGAAAACUUUUAGUACUUUACAGCACUAGAAAGUCAAAUUCAUGUAAUGAUUUUUAUUUUGCAUUUGCAUCAUCAUAUUCAUAGAAAAUAAGUGCACAAUUUGUGUGAAAAGGUCUAUUUUUAUUCCUUUGUAUUAGCUAUGGAUGGUCAUGUCAAGACAACAUAUUGAUAGUUAGUUGAGUCAAUAACAGCACUGUUUUAGCUGGAUCCAUCCAUCUAGAAGUAGUGACAAAAGCAACACUCUACCUACCGUGAGUGCUGCUGGUGUAGACAGUAAAGGACACACACUCAGUGGGCCACCAGUCUUGUUAAUGAUCCGCUUGGGUGGCUGCAAAGUCGACUGGCACUCACGUGGGGUGCUGCUGUAGUGAAUCAUGCAUGUUAACAGAUCUCAGCCAUGUAGACAACGCAUGUGCAGUCUCUACAUGUUUUGGAGUGGUGUGGUGGUGGUUUCUACUUGUGUUAUUUUAUGGCAAACUGCUUUCAAUGUGUAAUUUUUUUUAGAGAAGAAACUGACAGAAUGACCUUUUUGAUAUUUUAAUAAAUCAAUUUAUAUUUAAAAAUCAGGACUUAUCCAUAGUAUCAGCUACUAUAAUGGCAAAUUAACAUUUUAUCCAGCUUUAAUGUGAGUAUCAAUCUGAAAUUGUGCCUAGCUCUGCCUUUUUUAACUCUCUCCUCAAUUUUAUAGUUUUUCACAGCAGCCAUCUAACUGUACAGUGCUGUGUACUUUAAGGUCAUGCAUAGUUGGACUUACAGAGAUGAAGAGCUUUGGCAGAGCAUCACCAGUCUUUUACCACCUUCUACUUUGAUUUCGCCAAAGCUAGUUGCAAUACAGACUAGCCUAAAAAGUUGCAAAUGAAGGCAAAUUGAAAACAUUUUGAUUUUCAGAUUCAAAGUCUUGCACAGGGUCUAAUUUGAUAAGUCAGCGAGCACCUGCAGCAGAGAAAAAAAAUACUGUUUCUGCUGCAGGUGCAUACAGUAUCCACAUUAGUCACUGAGAGACCUUGUAGCUGUUUUAAGUUUUUCUUCUCUUUUUUUUUUGGAUGCAUUUUGAGGUUUUUCAAGAGCUUUGGCCUCACAAGUUCCUUUUGUUGUGUGCUCUGCAUAAAAGAAGAAAAAAAUUUCAAUGAAUCUGGGUAAUUCGGGUAGGCACGGGUAAAAGAUUUUUAAUAUCUUAACCAAGUUUGAAAAUGUGAGAUACACAGAAAACACCAUAGUAAUAAUAAUAAUAAUAAUAAUGUUUGAUGUAACAAUAGAUAUAAGCUUUGUCUUUUUAGAGAAAUAAAUAAUCAUAAUUAUCUAACAUUAAAACUCCACAAAUGGACUAAUUUAUGAGUUCUUUACUCCGUAGGAAAACUAAAUCAACAUUUUUGACCUAUUUUGCAGAAUUAUUUAUUUAAAAAAACACAGAUUUUGCAUGUAUAAAUAAACAUAUAUGAUAUGUCAAUUGAGAACUUUGUGUUCCUGGGCCCCAAAGUCUCUCCCCUCUCUCUGGUGGUUGGCGUGUUUGUCUUGGCUCAUGAAGUGCGCACCUUCCGGAAAGCACCCAACUUUUACUGGAGUUUUCCAGGACUCACACAGACUAAGGUUCGCACAUACUUCCACACACAUAAAAGGGUUCUUGUUCUGGCACUGGCGCACACCUGCCAGCAUGCACAAACACAUACACACGGCGGUACACAAAAACAUCAGAGAAGAGCACACAACAACAUCAGACGGAGAGACAGCUUAUUUUUUCGCAGAGUUCAAGAAGGUUCCCUUCUCAAUGAAAAGACAACAGAUGUCACAUUUAUUCAGAGAUAUUAGUUUUGAAAGAUACACAAAGAUCCCCGGGGUCUCGUGGAGUCAUCCUGACCCUGCUGUGAUCACAUUUUUCUUCAUCUUACUUCCUAUAUGUCAGCACUUUACCGCACUUUUGCCUCAUCUCCUUUGGCAAUUAUUUUUUGCUGACUCUAAACCCGAGCCCCCCUUUCUCUCCAUCAUCUUUUCACUUAUCCGACUUCUUCCUUUUUCUGUCCGUUUUUUCCUCAGACAGGACUGUUGGUGGCGUGUUAUCAAGGCUUUGUGGACGUCGUUAUAGCCCUGUCCCAAUGUCAGUAUCUGGACGUCAACUGGCAGGACAGUGAAGGGAACACAGCUCUCAUCACUGCUGCUCAAGCAGGUAACACACUCACAGAUGAACACAAGUGUGUAUCAGCCCUUGAUAUAAACACACACACAGGCAGUCUGGCACUUUUGCUGACAGAGAUGAACACACACAGGCGAGCAUAAAAAAGAAAUGUCUGCACUUGCUGUUCUGUUCAAAGGAGAAGUGAUGAGUGUGUUGUGUGAAUGUGAACAAGGACCAGCUGCAUAGACGGGGAUGUAACUGUCCAAAACAAGAAGGACAAGCGUGAUUGAGCACUUAGCGACUCUUAAUCAGCCCAGUGUGGCAGCAGGAGUUACGACUCUCUGUCUCUCUGUUCUUCAAGGCCACAUAACAAUCACCAACUAUCUCCUCAACUACUACCCCGGGUUGGACAUCGAGAAGAGAAACUGUCACGGCUUCACGGCUCUGAUGAAAGCUUCCAUGCAGGGCCGGGUAGAAUGUGUGCGCUCGAUCGUGAUGGCAGGUGAGGGGUGUAUAUAUGAUUACAUCUCAUAUACAUGAACUUCACAUUGAUGAAAGACCUACUAAACAUCUGGAAGUAUGUUAAAAAUGAUAUUUUAAGGCAGAAUUUUGCUGAUUAAAAGCACAAAAGAUGUUAAUUUUACCAGUUUGUGCCGCCAUGGAAGUUCAGUAAAUCACUAAAAGAGUCCGAACAAAUAACAGAACAUACACUGGUAUUAAUUUUGUAUAUUAAUUCUGAUUAUAAAAAAUGAGAAAUGACCAAGUAAAUUUUGACACACUCUGUGAAGUCUAAAAAAUCUAUGUAAAUGAUCUUUUAUCAAACUUCUUCCUUUUUGUGUCCAAACCCUCUUUUUUCCAGGGGCUGCCUUGGAUUCCAGGGACUUUGGCCGCCAUUUCACCGCCAGGGAGUGGGCUUUAUUUACGGGCAGAUAUGAAACCGCCUGGGUUAUGACACGCCUUAUGGAGCGGCCUAGCCCCCGACAGUAUUGUGAUUCAUACAGGUAAUCUUGUAUCUCAGUGAUUCUGAGAGAAAAGGCAUGUUUCUAUCACUGCAGUUUUAUGUUGUUACUAUGGACAGCAGGCAGGUUUUUAAGGUGAACAAUCCUGACUUGUAUUCGAGUAUCGUCACCAUGAUGUAUUCAUUUUCAUUCAUACUUUGAAUGCACGUCCUCCAGGAGUCAUAACACAGACCGUGAGCUUUAAGACCUUUUUGGUAAUCCUGUGCAGCUCUCGGUUGAUUUAUACCGUAUUUCCACCUCUCAGUCUAGAGUGGCCCCCGCUGGCAUCACUCGUGGCCAAAGCCCAGGAGCCUCGUGGCUGUCUGAAGCGCCUUUCAGACACUGUGCGGAACGUAUUCAGCAUUGCCAAUAUCACCAACCCGGAGGAUGAAGGCGUCAUCGACCACAUGGUUUCAGUAACGACCGCCAUGAGGAGCCCCUUUAUUGCCGUGGCAUGCCAUACCGUAAGUCUAUGAUCUCUUGUUGAUGAUUGCUCCUCCUGUUGCAGCGUCCACAGACUCAAUACUAUCUUGGUGUAGAGCCAAUAUAGUGUAUGUGUAUGCAUUGCACAUACUUGUAUUUUAUCAAUAACAGGAUCAUUGCUGUUUGACGGAUGUUCACAUUACUGUGCAAAUCAGUUAAUUAUACUUUCCUAAUAACGCUAUAAUCUGGCCCUGAUUUAUCUUUUAUCAAGUGGAAAAUUCUCUGUUUAUUCAUCGGAUUUGUGGGAAAUAGUUUAACGGAUGUAAUUAAUGCAGCUCUUAUCUGAUAAGCAGGUAAUUCAUGUAAGAUUAUGAGAACGGCAAUAUUGCAAACAAAUUUGAGCUGCUUUUUGUCAGUGGAACAGAAGAAUUUCAUCAUGACCUACAGUCUCAGGGAUACGAUUAUCACACUGCUGAUGUUUUCACCAGUGAUAUCGAUCAGACACUGUUGAUUUUGUUUCAGGUGUGUCCUGACAGUCCCCCUAGUGUGGGCAAACGGAGCUACUCAGUACCUGAGAUCAUCCGCCAGCAGCGCGCCAAAGAGCUCCGCUCCACCAACCCUAACAGGGCAGACAGCCACCUCAAACUAUUCCAGAACUCCCGAGUCACUCUGGUGGCCAAAAACUCAGUAGACCGGCGGGCCAGCCUUCAGGUUCAGAGCCUGGUCCCCCGACACAGGAGCUCAAGCCUCGGCAUGGUGGUUUAUAAUGAAGCCCUGGACUUAAGGAGGACCAGCCUGCUGCCUUUAAACAUGAUGCUGAGGAGGAGCAGCGUCAGACCGGGGUUCAGCAUCCCGAAAGUGAGGGUGUCCAAGGCGCCCACACCUACUUAUGAGCCUGAAAAGAUCCGGAGGAAGAGCAGCUGCAAAGAUGGAGCUGGGCACCUGCUGCAGAUCCCAAAGUGGCGCUACAAGGAGCUGAAAGAAGAGAGGAAGAAAGCAGAGGAGGCGGAGAGGAGGAGGCUGGAGGCCAUAACUAAGAGACACCUUGCCGCAGGGAAAAGGAAAUAA